UCAAAACAAACAAACAAAAUCAAGCUGUACUAUUUUUUUUUUUAUAUUAAAUUUUAGAAAAUAAAAGUGAAAGGCUAAACAAGUGCGUUAAUAGGAAAUCAAACCAUCAACUUUUGAAAUGGUAAUUAAAGUCUUAUUUACUAAGUUAUACCUGCCCAGAAUUCAGAGUAUUUCUACUGAUCCUAUUUCCUCAUUUCAGCACACUUUGAUUCUAGUGUCUAUUUUCUUUCUGUACUUGAUAUCUCUAAAAAAGUUUCUAUCCCUAAAGUUCCCAAAUGCGGGCAUUCUAUAGGCUCUUUUAAAAGUUUAUUUCCACAUCUAAGCUAAUGUUGCAAAAAGGCCUGUACCAGUGGUAGCCGUUUUUUCCGGUUAAAAAAGUAGUGAGAGAGAUAGUCCUAUUGUUGGAUUAAAUUUAUUGCAAGUAGCGGAAGAAAUAUGCAAUGGAGACGGACCAACAAUUUAAUUAUAUAGAAAGCAGCAUCAGUGUGUUAUUGCGUAGGCUAAGAAUUGGAUCUAAUCCCUCCACCAGCCUAUAAAUUCUCAAGAAUUUCCCAUUGCUGAUGAAGUGAUGAUAUUAUAAGUGACAAGAACAGUGUUUUGAAAAGAUUUUACGACUCGUUUGGUCGGUCACUUGCACUUUCUCAAGCAAAGGGAAUCGCCCAAAAACGUAUUCUUCAACUUGUUUAAUCCCACUACCAUCACCUUGAGUAUAUAAGAAGCACUCAGAGCCCACAUUUUCACACCAUACCUUGACUUGGUCCUCUCUUAAACGGGAUCCUUGGUCUCUUUCUUACCAUAUUUCUUUGGCUUUCUUUGCAGUAUCUUCACCUACUUAUUCUCCUGUAUUUCAAAACUUUCCAUCCAAACUUCCUUUAUAUAAUGGCAUCAAGCUCUUUUAAAUCUUCAGGAAGUUCUAGCUCCUCAUGGACGCUUAAGCAAAACAAAAAAUUUGAGGACGCUCUGGUUUUAUAUCCCGAGGACACACCGGAUCGGUGGCAAAAGGUGGCCAGGGCAGUGGGUGGAAAAACAGCUGAGGAAGUAAAAAGGCAUUAUGAUAUCCUGUUGCAAGAUCUCAUGCAUAUAGAAUCUGGAAAAGUUCCUCUUCCUAACUACAAGCCCAUUGUUUCCAACGGUUCAGUGUAUGCUGAUGAGCAGAGGCUCAUGAAGAAUCUAAAGCUCCAAUAAGGCAAGGUUUAUACCAACGAUAUAAUAAGUGCUGUCGAAGCGUUGUUGUCGAUAAUUUCAAGAAUAUAGCUUGGUGUCAGUGUUUCUCUAGUUUCCCGCUCUGUUUGUCCUUUCUAGCAUAUAUUGCUAAACUAUUGUAACCUGUGAAGCGAACUAGACUAUUGUAUGUUGUAACCUGUUUGUUCAUGUACCCGAUUUUUCUGCUUUUGUGUACUUCUAUCAUUAAUGUUUCAUUCGCAU